AUGAGCACUAACAUUCCUGUUAAUCACUUUGGACCUGGCGGUAGAGGAUUUAGAUCUCCAAGAGCUUCAAAUCGUGCAAUUGGGGAAUAUGGAGGUGGAGGUUUUAAUCCUGGCGGUUGGCAAGAACGCCCAUUUGGAAUGCGCGACGAUUUUAAUAGCAAUUGGCUUCCUGACUGGGAUGUAUACAAUGCCGAUGACGCCGUUAUCGUCACCAUGGAGGUUCCUGGAAUAAAAAAGGAAGAACUCAAAAUAGAUGUUGCCGAAAAUCGUUUAAUUAUUCAGUCUAAGAGAAAUUUUGAUGAAAGACUUCGUGACGCUGAUAAUGUCUAUUUGCGUGAACGUGAAUUCGGAUUCUUUAAAAGGCGUGUUAGAUUGCCAGAGGGAUGCGAUGUCUCUAAAAUCACCGCCAAGCUUCUUGAUGGAAUCUUAACUGUUAGGAUUCCCAAAGGGGAAGGUACACCUGGAGUUCGUGUUAAGAUCGAAUAA